AUGUCCAGCCUUGUCAUUCCUCUGGUCUCAACCACACUUCCGACGUGCAAACCGGAUCUCAUGCCUUUCCACAUCGACUACGAUGGUCCAGCACCUGUCUCCGCGUUCAUGCGCAUCAGCCCGUUAAAGCAAGAAGAUUCACCAUCCAAGAUAGCUUCCCCGGCCGUAGAAGGCGAGGAAACUGCAGAAAACGCAUCCACGGAUGCGAUGAACGUCGAUUCUGCCAGCGGUCGCCAAGCCAACCGCGACGUCGAGCACCAUAGACGCGACGCUCGCCAGGCACCGACGCCCGCCAUUACGUGGUCAAAGACAGAAUCGACCCUUGUGGUUGAGUCCCAAGCCUCCAGCUCGACUUCGAUAUCGUCCACAUCCACUUUCCAGCAACCUCCAGCAGCAGCCUUACCCCCGCGCCCCCGGGUUUAA